AUGGUUCAUACCGUCAUGACAACAAACAAUCGCCGCCGGUCAUCCGGCUUUCGAUGCGCCUCGACUGCUCGAGUAUCUGCUGCGCUACUGUUAUCAUUCCUCGCCCUUACGCCAUCAUCCGCCUCGGGCGUUGUCGACCGCGGUAGCCGCUUCCAGGACGAUAUCUUAUUGCCUCCUGGGCCAGCACUACCGUCAACUCCCAAAGUGCCUGCUCCCGCUGAACACACUUUCACACUUCGGCAUAUAUACCAUCACGGCACAUAUCUCCAUCCCAACCUCCAUCGAAAGCGCGAUGUUAACCACGCUGAGUCAAGGGUGUACUUGGCCGCUGAAGAUGGUUUUGAGGAAUACGAGAUUACCCGACUCACGGCCAAGAGCCGCGCCGAACCGAUCCAACGUCUGGUAGAUCGAAGACCAUCCGUUGUUGACCCCAUGGUCGCCGAGUCUCGGCAGCGAGGUUACGUAUCCGUCCUCGACGCAUCGGCAUGGACCACAGAUCAAGUUCCAUCCCCCGAUAUCAAAGAUAAGAAUACUGUCCUCACAUUAGCGCGCAUGACUGCCAACGCUUAUGUUGAGCGCGACACUGAUGCUGACUGGGAGGAUGUCGGGCCUCGGUGGAAUCGAAGUGCCGAUUUCGGAUGGGAGGGUGACGGUCUUCGUGGGCAUGUUUUCGCCGACGACACCAACUCGACCAUUGUCAUCGGCUUGAAGGGAACGACGACUGCCGUUUUUGAUGGCGAAGGAACCACAACUAAUGACAAAGUCAACGACAACCUCUUCUUCAGUUGUUGUUGUGCUCAGCAGGGCCAGUGGACCUGGCAUCAGGUCUGCGAUUGCGCUACUAGCACAUACACCUGCAACAACACUUGUGUUGUUCAAGCACUGCGGGAGGAGAACCGAUACUACGCUGCUGCUCGCGAGCUAUACUCAAACGUGACAGAGCUCUAUCCUGAUGCCAAUGUCUGGCUCACAGGUCACUCCCUCGGUGGUGCCGUCACGUCCAUGCUGGGCAUGACGUACGGGUUGCCCGUUGUUACCUUCGAGGCUGUUCCAGAGGCUCUUCCGGCUUCGAGGCUCGGCCUGCCUCUUCCUCCUGGUGCUGACCCAAGCUUCCCCCAGUUGCGCGAGAACACGGGCACGUUUCAUUUUGGCCACACCGCAGACCCGGUCUACAUCGGGACCUGCAACGGUGCCGCGGCAUCCUGUUCAUUUGCCGGAUACGCUAUGGAAAGCGCAUGCCAUACGGGCUACGAGUGUGUGUAUGAUGUCGUGGCUGACAAGGGCUGGAGAGUCGGAAUCGGUACACACCGGAUUCGCUCCGUCAUUGACGACAUCAUCACCAAAUAUGACGAUGUUCCGGAGUGUAAACGCACGCCCGAAUGCCGAGACUGCGCACAAUGGAAGAUGUAUGAGAGCAACGGAACCGAGACUACGACAACAUCAUCUUCGUCGACAACCACACGGACUCGGACUCGGACAUCAACUUGUGAGACGCCUGGGUGGUGGGGUUGCCUGGACAAGACCACCCCAGGGGCGACUACAACAUCGACAACGUCGUCUUCAACUACGACCUGUCUUACACCUGGCUGGUUCGGAUGCAAGGAUAAGACGACUACUGAAACCACUACGACGGAACCGACCCCGACCACGACUUGUGAAACUCCAGGCAGGUUUUGGGGUUGCCGGGAUGAAGUGGUCGUGACUACGAGCGCUCAGCCUGGUAGUGUGACGCAAGUUCCUAUCACUGCUGCGCCUACAGCUACGUCAACGAAUCCUUCAAGUGCCUCGCCACCAGAGAAACCAAAGUGCCUCCACCGCAACUGGCUUGGAUUCUGCAAGGAGUGGGAAGGAGAGGAAACGGAGUUUGACCCCGACGAGAUUUAG